CUCCACACCCAGUCUCCCGCCGGAUAUAUAGUGUCACGUUCAAGAGCCGAGAGACAAGGAGCUGUUUCCUGGCGGCGGCGGCAGCGGCAGCGGGAGCACUUCCCGUGGCCCCCGGGAAGGAGCGGAUUCGAGGAGCCCCAGCUGAACCCCACCCCGACCCGGAGGAGCAGGAACCUCUUUCUGGGGCCGCGAGAGACCAAGGGAAGAAUCAUGUCCACGAUCGCAGCUUUCUACGGUGGCAAGUCCAUUCUCAUCACCGGGGCCACGGGCUUCCUGGGGAAAGUCUUGAUGGAAAAGCUGUUUCGCACCAGCCCGGACCUGAAAGUCAUUUAUAUCCUUGUGAGGCCCAAGGCCGGCCAGACACUGCAGCAGAGGGUCGUCCAGAUCUUAAAUAGUAAGCUGUUUGAAAAAGCCAAAGAGGUCUGUCCCAACGUGCAUGAGAAGAUCAGAGCGGUUUACGCAGACCUCAACCAGAACGACCUGGCCAUCAGCAAGGGGGACAUGCAGGAGCUGCUCUCCUGCACCAACAUCGUCUUCCACUGUGCCGCCACCGUGCGCUUCAAUGACCACCUGAGACACGCCGUGCAGCUCAACGUUACUGCCACCCAGAAGCUUCUGCUCAUGGCCAGUCAGAUGCCAAAGCUGGAAGCCUUCAUACACAUCUCUACUGCCUUUUCCAACUGUAACCUGAAGCACAUUGAUGAAGUCAUAUAUCCAUGCCCUGUGGAGCCAAAAAAAAUCAUCGACUCUAUGGAGUGGUUAGAUGAUGCUAUUAUUGAUGAGAUCACGCCCAAGCUGAUUGGGGACCAGCCCAAUACAUACACCUACACCAAGGCCUUGGGGGAGAUGGUGGUGCAGCAGGAAGGCGGCAACCUAAACGUUGCCAUCGUGAGGCCCUCCAUUGUGGGAGCAACCUGGCAGGAGCCUUUCCCUGGUUGGGUUGAUAACUUAAAUGGACCUAGUGGACUCAUUAUUGCGACGGGGAAAGGGUUCCUCCGGGCCCUGAGAGCUACUCCAAUGGCUGUGGCAGAUGUGAUUCCCGUUGAUAUAGUCGUCAAUCUCACGUUGGCUGUAGGAUGGUACACAGCAGUUCAGAGACCAAAGUCAACGCUAAUCUACCACUGUACUUCUGGUAACUUGAAUCCCUGUUACUGGGGCAAAAUGGGAUUCCAAGUCUUGGCAACCUUUGAAAAAAUUCCAUUUGAGAGGGCUUUUAGGAGGCCAAAUGCUGACCUCACAAGCAACACCUUCACAACCCAGUACUGGAAUGCCGUCAGCCACUGGGCCCCUGCCAUCAUCUACGACUUCUAUCUACGACUCACAGGAAGGAAGCCCAGGAUGACAAAGCUCAUGAAUCGGCUUUUAAGAACUGUUUCCAUGCUGGAGUAUUUCAUCAACCGGAGCUGGGAAUGGAGCACGUGCAACACAGAAAUGCUGAUGUCCAAGUUGAGUCCUGAAGACCAGAGAGUAUUCAACUUUGAUGUGCGCCAGUUGAACUGGUUGGAAUACAUUGAAAAUUACGUUUUAGGAAUCAAGAAGUACUUAUUGAAAGAAGAUAUGGCUGGGAUCCCAGAAGCAAAGCAACACUUAAAAAGGCUCCGGAAUAUUCACUACCUCUUUAAUACUGCCCUCUUCCUCAUUGCCUGGCGCCUUCUUAUGGCAAGAUCUCAGAUGGCUCGAAAUGUCUGGUUCUUCAUUGUGAGCUUCUGUUAUAAGUUUCUCUCCUACUUUAGGGCACCCAGAACGCUCAAGAUCUAAGAACAUUUGGCAGUCUUCAUUUAUCUGGUACCUCUCAGAUAUCUCUAGAACAGCAAACUGUGGUCCUCAAGAUAAGGAAGUGGCAAAGACUAUGGCCAACCUCAUCACCUGUCAAAUGUCAUGUCAUGUAGUAUUUGCCCCUAUUUCCUAUUUCUCUCUCUCUCUCUCUCUCUCUCUCUCUCUCUCUCUCUCCCUCCCUCUCCCCUCUCUCUCUCUCUCUCCCUCUCCCCCCUCUCUCUCUCCCCCUCUCUCUCUCUCUUUAAGAGAAGGAAGUCAUAGCCGAGCCUAUAAACAAACAUAUUUUAGAAAAAAGUUAUUUCCAGAUUGCUUUCUAACACUCUAUGUCCUUGAAUAUAAAACACCAAAGUAUAAACCUCUUUCUAUAUUUAGCAUUCUUCCCAUUGAGAGGACUAACUGCAACUCAAAACACAGAACACCUAGAAGUGGAAAUAGGCUAAAGAAAGGCAGUUCUAGCCGUGAGACCAGUCUGGGAUACCCAGUAUAAAGGUUUAAAAUCAAUCUAAGUGGAAGAAUGGUUUCAACAUCCUCACAGAUGCUGUAACCUUAUAUUUCAGCUUAUUUUACUCAGGCCUCAAUAGGAGUGACUAAAUGGAGAGGAAGAUCCUAGGUUGGAAUCAUACAAAAACCCAUUCUCUUGACUUUUGCAUUGAGGAAAAACAAAAUUUUAAACACAAAUUUAAAUGCUAGUCAUAGUCUUUCUCUAUAAAGUGGGGAAGAUGACUCUAGUGAGCAACAGAACUUGCUGGUGUCUCAAUCAUUCCAACUGCACAUCGCUAAUUGUACAAUGUACAGCAGAAAAGGACAGACUUCAUUAAGUGACUAUAUUUAGAGAAUAGGUGUUUUGUUUAAAAAUAUUUUAUGUAUAAUAAAAAUGAAUUACUAAAAACUAUUUAUUCCUAAAUUUCAAUAUAACUAUUACUCUUUCAUCUUAUUUGAGAGAUCAGUGCGUACUGGACUGCAGUUAUUUCAUGCUAAAAACAUGGGUUAUUAUUUAAGCCUAAUUUGGAGGCUCAAUUAAAAAUAAUCACAACUAUUAGACAAUUACAUGAACACAGAAAGUUAACAUGUUUAUGCUCACUAGCUGGAAUAAUUGGUACUCAAAAUGGCACACUGAAGUGAUUGAGGGCAGCUUCUAGGAUUUCUUGAAAUUUUUUUGAAUCCAUAAAAGGCAUUUUGGGGUAACUCUUCUGGACAAUGUCCUCCCCAAUCUCAUCUAGGUUCUGGGAAUUAAUUUCUUUCCAGGGCACACAACCCAGCUCUGAAAAAAAACACCUGGUGAUCUUUAGCUUAAGAUGUCUAUACAAUAUUUUUGAGUUACACUGAUAAGUACAGAUAUAGUAAAAAUGAAAUAUAUAUAAUUAAAUGAGACUGGAUAAAACAUAAUAGUUCCUAAGAAUUUACUAUCUUUUGAUUAUUGUGUUUCACUAAUUCAAUAAAUUCCACUGAUCAAGUAUUCAUUUUGA